AUAAAAAUAAAAAUUUCAUUUCUUUCAUUGUUAUCUUUGCCAUACUUUUUAAUUUGUUGUUGUUGUUUGCUGUUAUUAUUUUUGUUUCUGUUAUAUUCUUUUAUACAAAAGAAUAAAAUAUCUAUAUAAAAUAAUUCAAUUCAAUCAACUCUAUAAUAUUUUUCACCUAGUUUUCAAAAAAAAAAAAAUAAUAAUAAUACAAGAGGGACAACAAGAAUUUGAAAAGAAUUAAAAAAAAAAUAAAACGAACAAAAUUCUACACACAUAGCAGACACACACACACAUACGAUGACACACAUGUGUUUUGCAUAUUUUUAUUAUAUGUUGCAUCCGGGUUAUAACUAAACUUGAUAUUGAAAAAAAAAAAAAACAUAUUUUUUAUUCUAAAUAUUCACAAUUCGCACAAAAUGUAUAACAAAUAAACUCAAGAAAACCACAAAAAAAUUAUAAAAAAAAAAAAAAACAAAAGUUUCAUUUUAUUUUUAUAUAAUAAUAUAAAAGUUUUAUAAAAUUUUCAAUUUUGUUAUAUGUAUAACAGUUAUAAAUAUAACAGUUAAUAAUAAUAUAACAGUUUCUCUUUUAACUAUUUUCAAAUAAUAUAAAUUAUAAUAAUAAUGUUACUACAAGUAUAACACAUAUAAAAAAAAAAUUAGUGUCAAAAUAUAAUAAAUAAAAAAUUUAAUGAAAAAAAAAAAAAACAAAAUUAAUAUUGCAUAUAGAAAAUGAAGUUAUUUGCCUCAAAUCAGGUGCCAAAAUCAUCAAAACUCUCCUCUAUUCUUAAUAAUCCUAUACAAAUAUAUUUAAUUUUAAUUUUUUUUAUAUUUAUAUUAAUAAAUCAAAAUGUUGGUGCUACCCCUGAAGAUGAUGCGAUCGGAAAGUGGGCUGAACAAAUUGGUGAUGAAUUAUGGGAUCUCGGUAAACGAAUGACAAAAUCUCCAGAGAUUAAAGCUAAAUACAAAGAAUAUAAUGCCAGAGUGGAGAAGAAAGAUGGUGAAUCAUUAAUAAGAUCGAUAUUAAAAAAUGUUAGCCGAAUGCUAGCACGUAAAAUUGAUGCAAUUAGAUGUAUUCUGAAUAAAGCUGAGAAUGUAUCAAUAAAUUUUGAAUUUAAUAGAACAUAUGCUGAAGAAGAAUUUCAAUAUUAUUCUAGUAAAUAUUCUGAAUUUAAUUCACAGCCAACAACAAAUAUAUCAAUGUUUCCAACAUUACAAGACUAUGCAUAUAUGUAUAAAGAUUUAGAUUUAAAUGAGGAUUCACAUUUUUUUAAUUUAUAUGUAAAUACAAACUAUAGUUCCGUACAUGUUCCAGCCAAUAUUUUUGAUAGAAGUCCAGAUGUACUUAGAACAAUUAUGUGGUCAGAAGAAUUAGAUGAUGUUUUUGUACAAAAUUAUAAAACCGAUCCAGCAUUAUCAUGGCAAUAUUUUUGUUCUGAUACAGGAAUAUUAAGACAUUAUCCUGCAUUACAGUGGGAUAUCGAUGAUACUAUUGAAGAAACCGAAGCUGAUACAUAUGAUUGCCGAAAAAGAUCAUGGUAUAUUGAAACGGCAACUUGCUCAAAAGAUAUUGUUAUUUUAAUGGAUAAUUCUGGAUCGAUGAGAGGUUUUCGUAAUCAUAUUGCCAAAUUUACGAUAAAUGAAAUAAUGAAUACAUUUUCGAAUAAUGAUUUUUUUACAAUAUUUAAUUAUUCAAAGACAACAGAUGAUAUUAUACCAUGUUUUAAAGAUAAUUUAGUACAAGCAACACCAGAAAAUAUUAAAGUAUUUUAUGAGGCAAUAAGUGAAUUAGAACCAGAAGGAUAUGCUAAUUUAACUAUAGCAUUUCCAAGAGCAUUCGAAUUGCUUAGAAAAUAUUACAUCGAACGAGGCUGUAAUGAAUCACAAGUUGGAUGUAAUCAAGCUAUUAUGUUGGUAACAGAUGGUAUACCAAGUAAUUUUACAGAAAUUUAUCAACAAUAUAAUUGGGAUUCACCAGAUAAUUCAACAAAAGGUAUGAAAGUCAGAAUAUUCACAUAUUUAUUGGGUAAAGAAGUGACAAAAGUUCGAGAAAUACAAUGGAUGGCAUGUUUAAAUCGUGGUUAUUAUUCACAUGUACAAACAUUGGACGAAGUACAAGGAGAAGUACUGAAAUAUGUAGAUGUUAUAGCUACACCGCUUGUCCUACAAAAUGAAGAACAUCCACCGACUUGGACACAUGCUUUUGCUGAUAGAACUUAUAAACCGCAAAGUGAUGGUGAUGAAGAUGUUCAAAAUGAUGAAGCACCAAGAUUAUUAAUUGCUGUUGGAAUACCAGCAUUUAAUCGUGAUUAUCUUCAAGAGAAUUCAACAGCUAAUCAAGCUCGUUUAUUAGGUGUAGCUGGAACUGAUAUACCAGUUGAAGAUAUUGAUAGAAUUACUCUACCCUACAAGCUUGGUGUCAAUGGUUAUUCAUUUGUAAUUAGUAAUAAUGGUUAUGUUUUAUUGCAUCCUGAUUUAAGACCAUCGUAUAUUCAUGAAGAUGAAUAUGAUUUAGAUCAUCCGAAACAAAAGCGUUUAAAAGUCAAUUAUAAUAGUAUAGAUUUAGUUGAAAUUGAACAAAUUAAUGAUGAUUUCGAUGAUGAUCCAAGAGAAAUAAAUGAACAAUUAUUAGAAAUUCGCCGAAAUAUGGUACAAUCACAAACUGGUAAAAAUUUAAAUGUUCAAAUAAAAUUUCAUUAUGAUAAAAUGAGAAGAGUAUCUGAGGAGGAACAAGAUUAUUUUUAUGCACCAAUACCAGAAACACCAUUCUCAUUAGGUUUAGUUUUACCAAGUAAAUAUGGUAAAACAUGGAUAAAAGUUGGUGAAGAAUCAAAAAUGAAUAUUAAUAAAGGAAUUAAUAUAGCGGAUUAUUUUCUUGGAGAAAAUUGGAAAAUUCAUCCAGAUUGGGUGUAUUGUAAAUAUCAUUAUCUUGAAGGACAUGAAUUUGAGAAACCAGAAGAUGAGCUAAAACAUUUCUUGGGGAAAAUAAUGGAUAGUGAAACAUGGGAAUGGCAUGAACAAUAUGAACAAGAUGAUGAUUCUGAGGAAGAUGAAGAUGAAGAUGAAGGAGAUUGUGGCCGUAAAUCACUAGAUGACGACGCAUACUAUUGUAAUAAGGAACUGGUUGAGCUACUUAUAUUUGACGCAAAGGUAACAAAUUCUAGUUAUGGUGCAUGGGAAUUCACUGAUGAAAAAGAACGUGCUCUAAUUAAAAUGUAUAAUGCAACAUUACGUUUUGUUGCAACAAUGAGCGGUUUAACAAGAUGGCAAUUUAUAUUUGGUGAAGUUGAAGUUAAAGGUGAUAAAGAAUUUGGUGAUUAUCAUACAACAGCAAUUGAUGAAACUUGGUAUAAAAGUGCAAUACUUCAACAUGCAAUCGAUCCAGAUAGUUUUGUAUAUUCUGUACCACAUGCAUCAGAUCCAGAAGAAGAUUCUGAAUUAAAAGUAACAUCAUCACAUGCAAUAUUCCCAAGAGAUGGUGGUUUAGAAGCACCUGGAAGUGUUGUUGGUUUUCAAUUUUCACAUUCUUUAAUGUAUCAAAGAUUUGCAACGAUAACAUCUAAAGUUGAUUGUGGAAAUUGUACAAAAACAUGUGCAACCGAUGAUCAUGAAUGUUUUGUUAUCGAUAAUAAUGGUUAUAUAAUUUUAUCGGAAAAUGUUAAUGAUACUGGUAAAUUUUUUGGUGAUGUUGAAGGUGCUGUUAUGGAAGCAAUGGUUGAUUUUGGAAUUUAUAAAGAAGUUAUUGUUUAUGAUUUUCAAGCUGUUUGUAAAGAAGUCACACAACAAUCAUCUGAUUGUUCAACAAUUUUAACACCAAUUCAAGUUAUUGGAUCUAUAAUUAAUGUUUUAGUAACAGAAUUAAUGUGGUAUUGGGCACGUUUAAAUUAUUAUGUUCAAGCAAUUCCAUUUUAUGAUGAAGAAAGUAAUCAAGAUUAUGAUGAAAUAAUACAACAUAGUCCAAAACAAAAAAAACAUUAUGAUGAAGAUGGUGAAGAAGAAUAUAUAAAACCGAAACAACCGAUUGUCGAAUAUAGAUCAUGUGAUAAAGAAUCACAUUUAUAUAUAUUACAACAACAAGAUUUAUUCGAUAAUAUAAAAUAUAAUGCUGCACUUGAAAAGAAUUAUUCGAGGCCAUUUCAUAUUAAAAGGAUACCAAAAUCAAAUUUAUUAUUAGUUGUUGUAAAAAUGUUAUAUAAUAAAGAACCGAGAAGACCAUCAACAGAACCAAAAGAAAUUUUAUAUGAUAUUCCAUUUCCUUGUUAUAAAUUAAAUUUGAGCUUUUUAGAAAGACGACGUUUAACUGAAUGUUAUACCCACCAUGAAAAUGAGGAACAAUUCACUUAUUGCGGAAGAGGAAACCACCAAAAAAUUAAUCAAUCGUUAACAAUAUUAUCUACUAUUAUUAUAAUUGUUCUGACAAUGUUUUGGCAAAGAUGAAAAAUUUUUUAUAUUCUAAAUGUUAUAUAAUAUAAUAUAGUUGUAUACUCUUUUAAAAUGAUUAUACGAAUAAAAAAAAAAAACAGAAAAAAAAAAUUUAUAACACUUUCAUAAAUGUCAUGUUCACCAAAUACAUAAAAUUUUUGUUUAUUUCGAGACACUUUAUAUAAGUAAAUAUUAAAAUUUUUUGCAAAAAUCUGUUUAAAAAAAAUAAAAUUUUUUUUUCUUUAAUUAUAAAAUAUUUUUUGUUCAAGAAAUAGAUUUUUUGAUAAUUUUUAUUAAUUGGAAUUUGUAGUUUUAAAAGAAAAAAAUAAAGCAUGUGAAAAUGGAGAAAUUGUUGGGGC